AAAGCAGUCCUUAACAGUGUUGAAGUAAAAGACUUUGACUUUGGAAACCUUGCAGACCAUUUGUGGAUUUUGUUUAUAGCCAUUGGGGUGCUAUUUUUAGUGGCAUCUCUCGUAGGCUUAUUAGGGGCUUGCAACCAAAAUAAAGCACUGCUGACAAUUUAUGUAGUUUUAGUUUUGGUGUUAUCUGUGAUAACAAUAGUCGGAAUUGUCCUGUGGCUUAUUUUGAAGGAUGAAAUUGAGUCAGAUUUCAAAGCUCGAUUAGUUAAAAUCUAAGAACUUUGUGAAUGAUUCAAUAAGUAAUGGAAAUGACAUCUCAAAUGGAUGGAAUAUGAUGUUUGUGUCGUUGGACUGUUGCGCUGUCAACCCCGUGAACACAACCACAAACAAUUUUGACAACACUCCAUGGUGUACCACCAGCGGGGAAUGUCAGCAGACAAAUGCUGAGAUUCCCAAGACUUGUUGUAAAGGAGUAACCAAAACCAACUAUACGUCUGCGCCAUCAACGUGUUUCUUCAAUUUGAAUCCUGGAUCAUAUAUCACAAAGGGAUGUUACCAAGCGAUAAGGGAAUUUUUGAAGGAAAAUAUCACAUCUAAAUCUCCUGUUGUUCUUGCAGUUGGGAUCAUAAUUUUUCUUGUUGAGGUUCUUUCAGUGAUAACUUCUGUUGCAUUAUGCAGACAAUCUUUCAAGGAUUAAGAAGUAUAUGUAUAUACAAUUGGCACUCAAUUGUUAUCCAUAUCUGACAUUUGCAUGCAAAAGAUGGUAAUAGAUUUGCAUAAUAUUCAUUUAAGAGUUUAUUCUCUAUAAGAUCCUUUUUUAGCUUACAUUAAAAUUACUUGGAAUUAAAUUUUGUGGAUUUUUAACCUCUAAAUUUUAUGAUGCUAUUGUUUUAUUAUCGAAAGUGAUCAAAAAAUAA